GUGCAGUCAUGUCCACCUCAGACUGACCAUAACCCUGCACCCUGCCUCUGCGUCCGAGCCUUACUGCUCAUCUCACUGGCUCGGGAUUGGAGAAGUUAAGGGAUCCGUGAUUUGUGUGGUUUUGCAGCUGUGGAUGUGAAUAUUCUUCUCUCUGCUGUGGUUUGUGCCCUGCUGAAGUGGGUCAGUAAUGCGGGAUCAUGAUCAGAUCGUGUCCGCGGCGCAAGAUGGCAGAUUUUUACUGAGUUCGGGACUAAAAGAUCUGCUGACAGUUUUGCAAUGAAUAGCAGGAAUCCUUGCACAGAUGGCCCCUGUAUACGAAGGUAUGGCCUCGCAAGUGCAAGUCUUCUCCCCCCACACUCUUCAAUCAAGUGCCUUCUUUAGCGUGAAGAAAUUAAAAGUGGAGCAGAGUUGCAACUGGGAUAUGACAGGGUACGGUACGCACAGCAAGGUCUACAGUCAGAACAGCAAGCAGUGUGUGUCCACCGCCCCGGUGGGCAUCAACGCCGCCCCGCUCCAGGUCUCAAACGCCUCCCUACCCUACGAACAGGCUCUUCUCUUCCCAGCCAGCUCGGGUCACUUUGUAGUGGCCUCGGCAAGUAGCACUUCUGGGGUGGCUGGCCAGCUUCUGGGGAGCACGGGAAGCAGCAGUGGCAGUGGCAGUGGAGGACACAACCUGACACGCCGCAGCACUGUUAGCUUGCUGGAUACGUACCAGCGAUGUGGGCUUAAGCGCAAGAGCGAGGAGCUUGACAACAACAACGGCAGUGGAAGCAGCGUGCACGUGGUGGAGGAACAACAGCCGCCCCAGGCAGCACCUAUGCUCCAGAACAACGGACAGAGUGGCCCGGCGGGCACUGCUGCCACCGCCUCCACUACAGCCACGUCCAAGACCAGCGGCGCAAACAGCGAGGGUGACUACCAGCUCCUGCAACAUGAGGUACUCUGCUCUAUGACCAAUACAUAUGAAGUUUUGGAGUUUCUAGGUCGGGGGACCUUUGGUCAGGUAGUGAAGUGCUGGAAACGCGGUACCAGUGAGAUUGUGGCUAUCAAGAUCUUGAAGAACCACCCAUCAUAUGCACGCCAAGGCCAGAUCGAGGUCAGCAUCCUGGCACGUCUGAGCACAGAAAGCGCGGACGAUUUCAACUUCGUGAGGGCGUACGAGUGCUUCCAGCACAAGAACCACACGUGCCUGGUGUUUGAGAUGUUGGAGCAGAACCUGUACGACUUCCUCAAGCAGAACAAGUUCAGCCCACUGCCCCUCAAGUACAUCCGGCCUAUCCUGCAGCAGGUGGCCACAGCCCUGAUGAAGCUGAAGAGUCUGGGUCUGAUCCACGCCGAUCUGAAGCCUGAAAAUAUCAUGCUGGUGGAUCCUGCUCGACAACCCUACAGAGUCAAGGUCAUCGACUUCGGCUCUGCAAGUCAUGUGUCCAAAGCUGUGUGCUCCACUUACCUGCAGUCCAGAUACUACAGAGCACCAGAGAUCAUCCUUGGCCUGCCUUUCUGUGAGGCUAUAGACAUGUGGUCCCUGGGCUGUGUCAUCGCAGAGCUUUUCCUGGGCUGGCCGCUGUACCCUGGUGCAUCCGAGUAUGAUCAAAUUCGCUACAUUUCACAAACACAAGGCUUACCAGCAGAAUAUCUACUGAGCGCUGGCACCAAAACUACCAGGUUCUUCAACAGGGACCCAGAGUCCACCUAUCCACUCUGGAGAUUGAAGACACCAGAGGAUCAUGAGGGAGAGACCGGCAUUAAGUCUAAGGAAGCCCGCAAAUACAUCUUUAACUGCUUGGAUGACAUGGCACAGGUGAACGUGAGCACAGACCUGGAAGGCAGCGACAUGCUGGCGGAGAAAUCAGACCGGAGAGAAUUCAUUGACUUGCUGACCAAAAUGCUGACCAUCGAUGCAGAUAAAAGGAUCACGCCUGUUGAGACACUCAACCAUCCCUUUGUUACCAUGACACACCUGCUGGACUUCCCCCACAGCACACAUGUCAAAUCCUGCUUCCAGAACAUGGAGAUCUGUAAGCGGCGUGUGAACGUGUACGAUGCCGUCAGCCAGAGCAAAACUCCGUUUAUAACUCAUGUAGCUCCCAGCACUUCCACCAAUCUCACCAUGACUUUCAACAACCAACUCAACACUGUGCACAGCCAGGCCACCAACCUGGCUUCCUCCUCCACAAGUGCCACCCUUUCACUUGUCAAUCCCGAUGUCUCAAUACUAAACUACCAAUCUGCACUCUACCAGCCUUCCGCAGCACCCAUGGCUGCCGUGGCACCUAGGACCAUGCCCCUACAGCCGGCUGCCCCACAGCUCUGUGCCACUCGGCCCGACCCCUUCCAGCAAGCUCUGAUUGUCUGCCCGCCCACCUUCCAAGGGUUGCAGGCUUCCCCCUCCAAACACAGUGGCUACUCGGUGCGGAUGGAUAAUGCUGUUCCCAUAGUUACCCAGGCCCCUGGUGGUCAACCCCUGCAGAUUCAACCUGGCCUUCUCACACAGCAGGCCUGGCCUUCUGGUACCCAACAGAUCCUGCUGCCCUCGGCAUGGCAGCAGCUCACCCACACGUCUGUACAGCAUGCCACUGUCAUUCCAGAGUCCAUGAGCAGCUCUCAGCCUUUAACCAACUGGAGGAAUUCUCACCCCCAUGGAAGCCAUUACAAUCCUAUCAUGCAGCAACCAGCCUUGCUUGCUGGUCAUAUGUCACUGCCAUCCCAGCAGCCUUUAAAUGUGGGUGUGGCCCAUGUGAUGAGGCAGCCGUCAAAUAAUAACUCCUCUUCCAAAAAGAGUAAGCCCCACCAGAUGAACCACAGGAACGUGCCAGCGUAUGAGGUGUCCUCGUCUCAGGCGGUGUUUUCCCCUCAGCGCUCUAAGCGUGUAAAGGAGAACACACCUCCACGCUGCGCUGUGGUCCAGAACGGCCCAUCUGCUCCGUGCGCCCCUCCCCAGGCUUGCACAGGAGUAGGAGGAGGGUGGGGUGAAGAGCAGGCCUCCAGCACAACACGAGACCACCAUGGACAACAGAACCAACAGAAACCCCCUCGCCAGACUAUCGUCAUCCCGGAUACCCCAAGCCCAGCUGUCAGCAUCAUCACCAUCAGCAGCGACACAGACGAGGAGGACGAGCACAAGCAGCCCAGCAACACCAGCACGUCAUCCAAGCAGCGCAAGAACGUCAUCAGCUGUGUGACGGUACACGACUCCCCAGACUCCGACUUUAGCAAUAACAGUCCCUAUGGUGUCAAGUCUCGGACCGUUGGCCCUAACGCUAACAACUAUGACUCUAAGGUCGCAGUGAUGGAUAACUACAGCAAUGGAAACUCUCGCACCAUUAUCAUCCCUCCUCUGAAGAGCCAGGCCAGUGAGAACCUGAGUGAGUGUGACCGACUUUUACCAGAUACCUUAAACUACCAGAAUCCUGCCUACAGAUUAAAAUCCUCCAAUGGAGGGCUGUCUGUUAACAAUCAGUUACCAGGGGGAAUUCCUGGAGCUGGGAUGUAUCGGCAGCAGCGUUCUGGACCACACCCUUUCCAGCAACACCCACUUAAUCUCAGUCAGGCCCAACAGCACAUGGCGGUAGAGAGAAACGGAGGGCACAGACGACAACAGGCCUAUAUCGCUCCCACCAUGGCUGCCCAAGCUCCAUACUCUUUUCAUCACAACAGUCCCUCUCACAGCACCAACAUGCACCCACACCUAGCUCCCACUCACCUAUCGGGCCAACCCCACCUUUACACGUACACGACCCCUGCCGCACUGGGCUCCACAGGCACUGUGGCACAUCUGGUGACAUCUCAGGGUUCAGCCCACCACUCUGUCCAGCACGCUGGCUACCCACCAGGCAUUGUGCAUCAGGUGCCUGUCAGCAUGGGUCACCGUGUGCUGCCUUCACCCACGCUGCAUCAUGGUCAGUACCAGCCCCAGUUUGCCCACCAGACGUACAUCAGUGCUUCGCCCGUCUCCACCGUCUACACUGGAUAUCCUUUGAGCCCCACCAAGGUGAACCAAUACCCGUACCUCUAGAGCUGAAAACACUGGAGCUAAGCCCAAUGCUGCUUCCUGUCUGCCCCCUUAUGGACUGGGACAGAGAGAUGUGCUCAAGCCUAAAGAUCCCCAAACCAUUUCCCUGUCACGCUUAAACUUGAAGAUGAAUAUGCUGAUAAAAAGGAAGAAAAGUACUCUACAAGGAAAUACAGGAGUUUUAAAGGAGCCUCGUUUGCAUAUGAGUUUGCUUUACGUCAAGAAAAGGCCAGUUUUGUUUUGUUUAAUUUGGUUUCUUGUGAUCCUCAAAGCAAAAAUGAUUAUUUGUUUGCAACUGUAUUGCAGUUUUGUUCACAGCAUGGUCAUAUCUGCUGGCAUUUUGGAAAAGCGACCAAGAGUUUUGUUAACCCAAGACUUCUUUUUUUGGUUUUAAAAAUAAUGUACUGACUCGGACUCGGUCACAUGAUGGACGAGAACGUUGGAUUUGGUGUAAUACGGAUAUUUGCUGCUCUACAAAGUAAAAAAAAUAACGAUGGCCUUGAACUUGCGUCUUAAAUGUUUCCAAAUCACAUACUCCACCGUCCUCUCCCAACAACAGCUAGAGGAAUUUUCUGGAAAUAUGACGACAAAGAAAAAAAAACCUUUCUAGUGUAUUUAUAGACUUGUCUGUUUGUGUUCACAUUUAGGAAAAUAUUAGCUAAGCAUUCUUUUUAGAAUGUAGCAGACUGCACUCAUUUAUUUUAUGAAGAUCCUUUCUGAUACCAAUAGAAUUUAAUCCUUCUUUAAUGUGAUUGCACAAAGUGAUUCUAAUAACAAGCAUGUACAACAUUAUGGUCUGUGUGCGUUUGUGCAGUCAUGUGUGUGGUACACCUUCCUGUACACCUGUAUGUGAUCCUUAAGUUCUUCAUGGUCUUAGAUUUACUGUUGUUCCCUUGUAGUGCCUUACACAGAUAACAAGAGUUUACUCGCCUGAAAACACUCUAGAAAAUACAGGAACUAGUUUAAGAGUCUAGUUUGACAUCUAGGUUGAACAUCUUUGUUUGAGGUGUUCUUUUUUAACUUCCAGGUGUGUGCAUAGUCCUAGCUGUGAUUAAUAGCUACAGCUGCAUGUGAAAGUUUGUUGAAUCACAUAUUGUUGUUUUUCUAAUUUUGCAAUUGCAAUUAAAUGACACAUUAUAAAUUUCUGCACAUUUUAAAGCAUAAUGAUUAACACAGAAAAGGAAUAUAACUGUAAAUAUGGCCUGUGCAAAAGUUUGGGAUUUCUUAUUUUAAUUUCACUGUCCCCAGAUGUCUUUGAUUCUGAUUUCACUUCAUUCUUAAAAGAUCCCCAUAAUUUCCAUAUGUUCUGGACAAUAUAGACACUUGAUAUUACAUUUAUAGAUAUUUUAAGUCAUUUAUUUUUAAUUCUUUGCUUCUUAGGCAGAAGCCUAGAGUAAAAAAGCCCAAGGUCCAAUGUUGUAUUAUUAUUUUAAUAUGUAAAAUUUCAUAAAUAGAAUUAUUUUUAAAUAAAGUUGUGCAUUAAAAUUUGCAGAAAUACUUAAUGAUUCUUGCAGAGACAGCAUAAACUUCUUUUUAAUUAGCAAAUCAGCAAAACUUGUGAUUUGACUCAAGCAGCCCAAACUUAAUAUAACUCUGUAUCACUGUACACAAAGCCGUCUUGUACAACAGUACUUCUUGUUUUGCUCGCAUGAGGUUAAUUCACAUAAAAAAUAGAUUUUAGCCUGGGGUAAUAAACCAAAGUUGCCAUAUAGCAAAGUAACACUUGUUACUGUAUUAUGUAAAGUAUGUUUACUGUGUAUCAUAGCUGUGUCUUAGGAACCUUGAUAGCUAUCCAGUUGCACUGAUGCUUUGCUUGAUUAUCAUGAAAGAUGAUUGACCUUGACAUUAAUAGAAUAACUUUUUCAUUACAUGUGUUAAAGACCUGUGUUAUUAGAUUAAACAGUCAUGAAGAUGGCUUUCUGGGUUUGAUUACAAAGAAUCUUAUUUGCUAAGGGAGUGUAACUGUUUUAUGUCUGGAUUUAGCACAUCAGGCAUUUCGAGGAGAGGUCAGAAGUGUAUCUGUGUUUGCAGAGUGAACAGCACUGAAUGGCCUCGGAGAGUGGAAAUGAUGUUGAAACAGUAAACCUGGGAGGGUAAGCGAGAGGUUUGAGUCAGGAACAGGACCGAUUAAGGUGCUAAAAGAUGGGUCGGCACUGGAUGGAUGUGCAUGGAAAUCGUAGGAUCAGAGGAGAGGCGGACUAAAUUCCACGUCCUAUGAGAAUAGCAUGUUGGCUUUGAGCAUGUUGGCAGGACCUGGAGGAGGCUGUGCUAUAGUGUUCCACAGGAGACACAGUGUAAAAACACACUAUUUUAUAAUCCAAAGGGUUUCUGAACAGGUUUGGAUAGAUCUGUGCUGGUUUUAUGUGCUUUAAAAGGCUAUAAUAGUCAGCAUGAACUAAAUCUAGGCUCUGUAGUGUACAUCUGGAAGAGUCAGGCUGCCAAAAUUAUAUUUUUUUCUCUUUGUCUAAACACAGAGCUCAUGUUAUGAGGUAACAGUAAAGUGAAUAAGGCACAGAAUUUGUGGGCCAGUGUUUUGUAAUUACUGCUUAUGUGAAUGCAGGUCGGUUUAUUAGCCAAUAAAUUAGAGAUUUUAUUCAAUGAGAUCACAUGUCUAUUUUGUGUCAUGUCGUAGUAUUUGGAGUUGUGUUAUUUUACAUUAAGGCUUUUUAGUAUGCUUUGAUACAUGUAUGUUAUGUACUUGUACUUUUUAGAUUGUCAGAAGUGUUUAUUCAUUAUUUGUGUAAGUUUUAGUUUAAUUAUUUUUAUUAAUUAAGCUAAUUUUAGUAUUGUCAGGAGGCUUGUACCUGUGCAAAGAGCAAACAUUUUCAACCAAUCCUCUGUAUUUGCAGGACUCCCAAUUUUGUCUGGGCAUUUGAAGCAUGUCACUAAACCUAGAAUAAUGCAAAUGAAAACAAACAUUCGAAGUUUUUUUCAGAAAGGGCCAAUUAUAUCAAAGUAGGGAAAACUGUUUUGUAUGUCAUGCUGCAUUGUUGUGGACUACAAAAGCAAGUCAGCUUAUUACUUCCACUCUUCCAUUGUAAAGAUGAAAAAAUAAAAUGUCUGUUUUCUACUUUUCCAUUUACAUAAGCACAAGAUUGGAUAGUGUCACAUGGUUGUUUAAGGAGAAAUGCCAGCCCCACCAAACAGCAGGGCCAAAUACUAAUGGUCAUGAAUAGCGAAUGCUUUUGCCAAAACUACAACUAAAGUGUGGCUGAUUUUAUGUGGCACCAGCAAGUAGACAAACUUUCUACAGUUUCUACAGUAAAUUUCAAUAAUUGCAGGUUAAAAUUGUGCAAAUAAUGUCUUUAACAUUCACAGAAAGGCCACACGAUUCUGGUUCUGACUGCUUAGGAAUUUUACUCAGUUAGUUAUAUAUAAAGGCUUUAACACUAGGGAGUGGCUCGCCUGCAGUAACAUUCCAAGAGUCAUUUUAUCUUUGUAUUGUCUCUAGUCUUCAGUUAUCAUUUAACAUUUUAAGUUUCUCCCACCUAAGACAUUCGGUGUAUUUUGAUGUGUCAAAUUGUCCAUUGAAGUAAGUGAUAGGUGACAAUAUAUCUGGAAAAUCUAAUAAACAGAGGAGAACUAUAAUCAGUGUGGGUUGCUUCCAGACAGGUUUACUGCGUCAUACAGCAAUUAACAUCAUUCAUGCUUUAUGUCAUGUAUAAAAUACUAAGCAGUCCCAGUUCACCUUUGUUUUUCAUUUAGGUGGGAAGAGGAAUAUAUUUAAUUAAGUUAAAAAUGCAAAAGUGCUGCAAAAAUAAGAUGAUGUACAGUUAAGAAAUAUGGUCAGAUAAGGUCAUUAAGGUUUUCCCUGCAGUGAGGAGGUCUGGUGUCUCUGUUGUUCAUCAUGUGAUGGGCAUUUUUCUGUCAUAGUUUGGUUUCACUUGGGUUACUGCAAAUCAAUACAAUGUUAUUCUGAUCACCUUAUUAAUAUAAAAAUAUUUUCCUGACAUAAAUAGUCUUUGCCAGGAUGACAGUGCUUCCAGGGCAUGAGGGGUCACUAAAUGCUUUAUAGGCAGUCGAAAGAUCUCCUAAAAACCUAAUUUUGCACUGAUGUGUUAGCACUAUUCACCACCAUCUUCACAAUAACAAAGAAAUUAUAUUUUAGAAGAAUGAUGUUCCAUCACUUUAGCACAACACCAGAGACUUGUAAAGUCUAUCCUAAGGCACAUUAAAGUUCGUCUGGUGGCAUGUGGGGGUCCAACAUUAGAGCAUAUGACAUACACACAACAGGUACUUAUUUAAACAAGAGUAGACAUUAUUAAUAAAUCAGCAUGUACAUCGUGUCGUAGAUGUUAUUGUGUUUAGUCUUUUGUGCUACAAUGAAUGGACAGAUAAUUUCUGUAUGAAAUUAUCUCUGUGUUUUCAUGAAAGCAGGGCUUUAUCCUGUCGUCUUUAUUUUAAAGUACAUCUUGUUUUUUUAGCUUUAUUGUAAUGUAGUAAAUAUGUAAAUCAGUAAGCAAAGAUGUAUCAGUGCUCCUUAAUGACCGA